AUGGUUGGAAAGGCCUUCGAGAUCAUCAAGUCCAACUGCAAACCUUUCCACACCAUGCCAGGCAACACCUCCGAGCCUGCCCAGCCGCCACUCCCAGAAAGGUUUGGCACCCGCUCCGGGGUAUCUCCGGGACAGCUGUGCUCGCCGUCGUUGCCCGCUGAGCGCUCUUUGCGGCCCCUUUUUCCAGAGAUUCGCCUUGCCAACGGGCCGAGCCGGUGCCAGGGGCGCGUGGAGCUCCUCUACAACGGCUCCUGGGGCACGGUGUGCGACGACGACUGGGACAUCGUGGAUGCCAACGUGGUGUGUCGCCAGCUGGGCUGCGGCCACGCCGUCGCCCUGCCGGCCCCCAUGACCUUCGGCCAGGGCAGCGGGCCCAUCUUCCUGGACAACGUGGACUGCAAGGGCCGCGAGGCGGCUCUGAGCGAGUGCUGGAGCCACGGCUGGGGCAUCCACAACUGCUACCACUACGAGGACGUGGCUGUCAUGUGCAGGGACGGCAGCAUCCGCCUGGUGAGUGGCGCCGACGGCUGCCAGGGCCGCGUGGAGAUCUUCUACCGCGGCCACUGGGGCACCGUGUGCGACGACGACUGGGGCCUGAGUGACGCCGGCGUGGUGUGCAGGCAGGUGGGCUGCGGCCAAGCCCUCCAUUCCAAGAGCAACGCCUAUUUCGGCUACGGCACGGGCCACAUCCUCCUGGACAACGUCAACUGCGACGGCAGCGAGCCCUUCCUCGCUGCCUGCUACAGCCUCGGCUGGGGCAUCCACAACUGCGGCCACCACGAGGACGCCGGGGUCAUCUGUGCAGGCAGCAGCGUGCGGCUGGCCAACGGCAACGGGAGCUGCCGCGGGCGCGUGGAGGUGCGGCACGGCGGCGCCUGGGGCACCGUGUGCGACGACGACUGGGACCUGGCGGACGCGCGCGUCGUGUGCCGCGAGCUGCGCUGCGGCGCCGCGCUGGCCGCGCCGCGCCUCGCCGCCUUCGGCUACGGCAGCGGGCCCGUGCUGCUCGACAACGUGGGCUGCGGCGGCGGCGAGGCGCGCCUGGCCGACUGCUUCCACCUGGGCUGGGGGCAGCACAACUGCGGCCACCACGAGGACGCCGGCGUCGUGUGCCGCGGCCCUGACGACUCAGGGGGUGACUCCCAAGAAGCUACUUUCACAACCACCACGUUGGCCCCGACUCAUCCCGAGGAUGGCUUCCUGCGCCUGGUGAACGGCAGCCACCGGUGCGAGGGCCGCGUGGAGAUGUUCUACCUGUCGCAGUGGGGCACGGUGUGCGACGACGCGUGGGACCUGCGCGACGCCGGCGUGGCGUGCCGGCAGCUGGGCUGCGGGCGCGCCGUGGCCGCCUGGGGCGAGGCGCGCUACGGCCAGGGCGCCGGCUACAUCUUCCUCGACAACCUCAAGUGCAAAGGCACCGAGGCCUCGCUGCUGCGCUGCUCCCACAUCCGCUGGGACGUCCACAACUGCGACCACUCGGAGGACGCCGGGGCGCUCUGCAGCCUCCGAUGA